GUAUUGGCAUGGACGAUACGUUCGUACUUCUUGCCGCUUGGCGUCGCACCGAUCUGAAGAAGCCAGUACGAGAGAGGAUGGCCGAGACUUAUUCAGAAGCUGCCGUCUCUAUUACAAUAACAUCUCUCACCAAUUUUCUGUCGUUUUUGAUCGGAGUUCUCACGCCAUUUCCCGCAGUCCAGAUUUUCUGUAUCUAUACAGCUGUGGCAGUGUUAUUCACCUAUCUGUGGCAUAUCACAUUUUUCGGGGGGUGCAUGGCGAUCUGUGGGUAUGCUGAGCGACGCAACUUGCAUAGCGUUUUCUGUGUUCCAGCAACACCCAGAUCUGUUGCAAUUUCAGGAAACAAGAGUGUCCUGUUCCGACUCCUGUGUACUGGUGGAAUCAACAAAGAUGAUCCAGACAACUUGAUGGACAACAGGGAGCAUACUUUAAUGGUCUUCUUUCGAGAUUCGCUUGGCAAAGCACUCAGCUACAUGCCCACGAAAAUAUUGAUAAUAAUGUGUUUUCUUGUCUAUCUAAUCAUUGGAAUUUGGGGUUGCACGCAGGUUAAAGAAGGCCUCGAGAGGAACAAGCUUUCCCAAUACGACUCGUACUCUGUCACUUACUACAGGAUGGACGACUUGUACUUCCGGAAGUACCCUUUCCGGAUUCAAGUUGUGGUCGCUGACGAGUUAAAUUAUGCAGAUCCCAAAAUACAAGAAGCUAUGGAGAACAUGCUUCAAAAAUUCGAAAAUGAAGAAUUUAGCGCUGGUUCAUCACUGACCGAGUCUUGGCUCAGGGCUUACUUACAGUUUCAAAAAGAUGGCCGGUCCUUCUUUUUAUUGGAUGGUUUCAACCUCACUAAGAAGGAAGACUUCAUAGAAGCACUCCGAAGCGUGUUUCUUAGAUUGCCACAAGUGGGCACAUUCAAGAAAGAUAUACUCUUUAACGAGGAUGGAACAUCGAUUGUAUCUUCCAGAUUUUUGAUCCAAACUAAAGAUGUCAGAAAUGCAAACCAAGAGAAAGCCAUGGUGAUUAAACUUCGUGAAAUUGCUGACAAUUCACCUUUCAACGUGACAGUAUACCAACAGUUCUUCAUCUUCUGGGAUCAGUUUAUUCUCGUUCGAGAAACAUCUAUUCAAGCUAUUUCGGUUGCUGCUGCCGUUAUGAUGGUGAUAUUGCUCAUUUUCAUCCCAAAGCCAAUAUGUGCACUGUGGGUGGCCUUCUCCAUUAUUUCUAUCGAAAUAGGGGUUAUUGGGUACAUGACCCUCUGGAACGUUAACUUGGACUCGAUUUCCAUGAUCAAUUUGAUCAUGUGUAUUGGAUUCUCUGUCGACUACUCGGCCCAUAUCUCAUACGCUUACAUAUCCUCAGAGAGGAAGACGGCUGAUGAUCGGAUACGGUCAGCUCUCCAUUCCUUAGGAAUGCCAAUCCUGCAAGGAAGUUUAUCGACCAUCUUAGGUAUCAUUUCUCUCUCUUUUGCCCCUUCUUAUAUUUUUUUAGCUUUCUUUAAAACCAUAUUUCUCGUUAUCUUAUUUGGGGCUCUCCACGGCCUUUUGCUUCUUCCGAUUCUGCUUUCUAUUUCGGAUCAGUGUUGCUCAAGUAAGAAGGAUGAUAUUCCGCUAUACCAUCCACAAAAGUCUGGGAGUUCGGUUGUUCCUAUAGCAGGCAACGGUAAUAUAAUUAUUCCUCGUCCAUCUCACCCUAACAUAGCCGUAUUAGGAAUAACGGACUUGAAAGCCUCGCAACAGACUGGAAAAGAUAAAUCGGCACAAGAGGAUUAUGGGAAAAGGUUUCGAGAGACACCUAGUUGUAACAUUAGUGCCGACAAAGAUCUCGGUAUUGGAACUAGUGGGGAAGAGAGCAGUGAAGGCAGCUGGAAGGAGAGGCCCCUGGAUUCCAGCUCUCGAGCUCACGGUGACACACAGCUUAUAAGGUACCCUUACUUUAGAUCUGCUAGCCAUGAGGAACAUUCCAAUCCGGCCUUUGAAGAAGAUGAAACUGUACAGAUUGAGAGGACUCCUUCGGCCCCAUCUUCUCGUAACUCCUCCAGAAUGUCUCUGUACCAUAUAGACAAUAAAACUGGACAUUUUAAUGUGCGACACAGCGAGGAACAGCCAAUACGGAGUUCUGGAGAGAGGCUAUCCUCCGUAUCCAGGACAAGGGACAGCCCACUGUCAUCAGGGAUUGACCAAUCGAAGAGUGCUCAUGAGCAACAGAGCCAACGUCCAUUUUGACACACAGAAAAACACGUAUUUAGACACGAAGAAAAGCUUAGUGACUUUUGUAAUAACCAAACACCACAUGUUGGCAGUUUGAUAUUUGAGUGACGAGGAAUGACCAAUGACAACGAAGCAUUGGAGACAUUUUUCCUAGUCAGACAUAUAUAUAUAUAUCCAAUUUGAAAAUUGUGACGAUCUGUUUCAAACAUCCAAUCAGCUGUAAGAACGUAUAACCAGUGUUAACUUAUUUUGCUAAAGCCACGUGACGUCAAGAUGUGUGUUUAGUGAAAGUUCACCAUUUCAUACUGUUUCUCCUAUCAUUGCUCCUUGAUAUUCAUAUCAAAUUAUAGCAUAUUAAUUUUUUUAAUUCUUAAGAAAUUGUCAUAUGGCAUUUAGCUGUGCCAAAUUCAUAAACUAAUUAACAUAUUAAUUACAUCAUUUCGUUCAGAAAUGAAAAACAAAAAAUCCCCAUUUUGUUUCAUAUAACAGUUCUGUAUUAAAAUGGCAGGUGGAAUAAUUGAAUAUCGAGGUGUUAAUCCUUGAAUAGCUGUAAUAAACGGAACUAUUCCCUUCAGAGGCUAUUUUCUAUCGUAUUGAAACAAAAGUGCCCCCCAGUGGCGCAGCGGUAUGUCUUCGGACUUACAAAGCUAGAAUCCGGGUUUCGAUACCCGUGGUGGGCAGAUAGCCCAUUGUGUAGCUUUGUGCUUAACUUCAAACAAACAAUUUAAACAAAAGUAUCCUAACUUAUUUUAAUGUUGAGGAUUUGUGGGGGGGGGCGAUAGUUUUAAUUAAUCAACAAAAAAGAUAACAUUUGAAAAACCUGAGGUAGUAACAUUUGCAUUUGUGAUUUAGGAUUAAACAUAGGUGAAGGAAUCAGAGGGCAGGGCGAGCAUCAACCCCCUUUCCCCAAAUCUACAUUUUAGUAAUGUUGAGGCUACUGUACACUGCAUGCCUGUGGUUUACCAUAUAUAUUAUACAAAUUACUCCAUUUCAAAUCAAUAAAUGCCAGAUUUUCUGUGGAGGAGGGAAUAUCUUUCGAUACCCGUAGAAUUAUCCGUGUUCGGGUUUCAAACCUUGGAUGCAAGUUAGCCCCCCCCCCCCGGUUACUAUGUUAUCGAAACUCUUAUUGUUGAAUAGCAACAACAAAAGUUGUUACUACUUAAGAUAAUAUUAAAUAUUUUAAUAGUCUCUACUUAUUUUUAUAUAUAUUAUACUUGAAACUCAAAGUUGGGUUCCUUGUGGCAGGUG